GGGGUUGAGCGUAAAUACCUAGAGUAAGUGAGAUAAUAUGACACAAAUGUUUCAGCUAAAGAGAGAAAAGUUAAUAGGACUGGAAUAAAGUAGAAUAGAGUAAGUGAGAAGGGAGUAGAGAGAAAAGUGGUGGAAAAGAGAGAGAUACUUAGUUGGUACGGCAUUGAACGUUCAGGCAUGUCUCGAACUCCUGCCAUGUCCGUUGGUGCUGACUGAUAGGAAUAUUGUGUAGUAUGUUCUGUUCUCAGUUUUAUCAUCUUCUCAACUUGUCUGCAGGUGUCAAUAAGUUUAUUUAUUUAUAAUCUAAUAUUAUUGUUUGCAAUGCUCCAAGAGUUUAUUGUCAGUGUUAUUUGUUCUUGUAAGUGCUUUUUAUUUAGUAUCUAAAUGGUUCACAUUUGACAGUGAAAGAGUCUCCUUGAGAGACACUUGUGGAAACAAGAUUACUCGAACGAGUUUUUCAAGUGACAGUGCGUGGAUUUUGUAAAAAGUGUUGAUAAAAACAAAUGGAGGAGAUAUUCAGAAUGAGUAUAAAAGAAGAAUUAACAAUAAUAUAAUUGAUGGGAAAUAAUAUAAUAGGAGAAUGCAGUGCAUAAGUGUGGUGAAGUGAGUGGAAUCUUGAAUAAAUUCACCGGGAAGUGAUAAAGUGCACGAUAUAAAAAUAAUAAAAAUAAAAAUAAAUAAAAGUGCAACACGGGAACCGAAAGUGCAGGAAGACUGAGCAAGUAAGACAAGUGUCCUCCGGGGUUUUUGCAUCGGUGUGUUGGAUCGUUUUGUGAGAGAUCCGCACACGCUCUUUUAUCUUUCUCUCUCUUUAAUUCUUUCCCUUUCUAACUCAUUCGCAUUCUUUAUAUAUUAUCUACUCUGUGUAUAUCCCGGCAAUGUUAAUGGUGGAAUUCCGCUCUAGAAGAAUCUGAAGGCGGGGACUCUGACGUCACUCCGCUCAUGAUAAUGAGAGUGCAGUAAAAUAUGCCAAGGAGACGAAAUGGGGAAAUACCGCUUCCGGAAGGGUGGGACGUUGCUCAAGAUUUUGAUGGAAAAGUAUACUUCAUUGAUCAUAAUACCAGAAAAACUACUUGGAUCGAUCCCAGAGAUAGAUUUACGAAGCCUCAAACUUUUGCGGACUGCAUAGGAAAUGAAUUACCCCUUGGAUGGGAAGAAGCUUGCGACAAACAUGUCGGUGCCUAUUAUAUUAAUCAUGUCAAUCAAACAACCCAGCUUGAAGAUCCAAGACAAGAAUGGAGAGCUAUCCAAGAAGCUAUGCUUCGAGAAUAUUUGCAAACUGCGCAAGAUGUACUUGAGGCAAAGAAAGAAAUUUAUGAUGUCAAGCAACAGAGGCUUUGUUUAGCUCAAGAUGAGUAUGAUCACCUUAACAAUGCUCUCACUACCCUUGGAGCGUCACGUACAAGUUUGUGCUCAAGUUCAAGUUCCCUUAGUACAAAGUAUGAUCCUGAUCUUCUCAAGUCUGACGUAGCUUUGGCAAGGAGUCGAGUAUCAAGACUCAAGAGAGAAUUAGAACAGAUAAGAGCUGAAAUGAACUGUACACAACGCGGAGUUGACACAUUAGCAAGUGUGGAAUUAAAACUAAGUGCCCAUCAAGGUGGUUGUUACAAUAUAACGGAAGCUCAAGCUAUAAUGACCGAGUUAAGAAAUAUUCAAAAGUCUUUAAGUUCUGGUGAAAAAGAAAAGGCUGAAUUAAUGCAAUCCUUAGCGCAAUUGAAAGAUGAGCUAACAAGAUUACAAUUGUGUGAAAGCAGCCCAGAUGCUAGCACACUGAGUUUACCACAGGAUAAAUUAAGUACCGCAUCUCAAACAGAUUUAUCUGGUGAAUUAGGAUCUAUUGGAACGAGAUUAGCUGAAAUGGCACGUAUGAGGUUAGAAUAUGAUGAAGCUCGUAAGCGAGUACAGCAUAUUCAACAACAGUUGGCUGAUUUGGAGGAAAAAGUUACGCCGGGUCAAACGGAAAGUGAUAAAGAUAAGCUUUUAUUGUUUCAAGAAAAAGAACAGCUUCUUCGAGAACUUAAAAGCAUUACACCUCGUACAAGAACUCAUCAAGAUAUGAAGAAAAUUCAGUGUGAAAUUCGUAAAUUAGAGCAGGACCUUACUAACGCUUUAGAACUAUCUAAUAAAACUAUAACUGAUCGUGUGCGUCUUCAUGAAGAAAGACAAUUGUUACUACAACAGCUACGUGAUGCCCUUAGAUCAAUGACCAUGUUAGAAAGUCAAUUAAAAACACUGAGUGCAAGCACCUUGUCUGUAAGUAGUAGUUCAAGCUUAGGAAGUCUCAGCACGACAAGCAGCAAAGGAAGCCUAAGCUCAGGUCUUAGCUUCACAGAUAUAUAUGGAAGUCCACAGUGUCUUGGUUCAACUCAACAAGAACGUCCCGUAGACAUGGUAGACCUUCAUAGACGCGUUGAGAGACUUUUACGUGGAUCUGAACAAAAUCUAGGCAGCACAGGAACUCCAUCAUCCGGUCGGUCACAACCAAGUCUUUCACCAAGAUCUAGUUUGUCCAGUGUUAGUCCUCCAGUUUCUCCUUUGUAUGAAAAUGCUCCUGUAGGACCGCCACCAGCUUAUGAACAAGUAGAGAUGCAAAGAAGACAACAACAAAGGCUUUUUGGAACUACUACUUCUCAUAUUGAUCGUUUUCAAUUGGAGGAUAAAUUAACUGAACUUCGAAUUAGUCAGCAAGCUAUACAAGAACAGAAAAUUGAACGCCUUAAAGCAAGUCCACAGCCACCUCUUGAUAUGCAAUCUGGAAAUAUGUCUCAAGGUAGUGGACUAGGAAGGCCCGCUCAUUCAUUACCACAAGAACCACUUUCACCUAUUAGUGAAACACCACCACCUAUGGGCAGUAGAUCCAGAGCAAGCAGUUCGGGAACUAAUACUAGGUCUGUAUCUGCUGCUGUUUCGGAUGAAAGUGUUGCUGGAGAUUCUGGAGUUUUUGAAGCUUCCAAUAGAAAGAAGCCUUCAGGGUUACUAAAUGUUAAUACUCUUGCCUUUGGAGAUAUGAAUCUAGAAACUGCACAAGUGCAAAUUAAAUUAAGAUAUUCCGUAAGUGAUGGACUUCUCCACAUUGGAAUUGAAAGAGCGAGAAAUUUAGCAGCACUAUUCAUACCUGAAAAUAGUAAAGUGUACAUCAAAGCAGCUCUAUUGCCAAUGCAACCACCAAUCAACCACAUGUGUUGUACAAAACCCAUCGUGGAUCUUCGUAAGCCAACAUUCGGUGAGAGCUUUCCUAUUGCUGUGCCACUUAAUAAACUUUACACGAAAACAUUGCAAGUUAAUAUAUGGUGUAUAAGCGAUGAGUCUGAGGAGUGCUUGGGAUCAGCCCAAGUCUCACUUGCAGACUUUAGUCCUGAAUCACCAAGCGUAAAGUGGUAUAAUAUUUUAUCUUUCCGUUUCAUGCAACUGUCAGCAUCUGAUAGUUCAAGCACGAAUACGAGCUCGAUAUCAUCUAAACUCCCUAAACACGACAAACAAGAGUCAGAUAUUUCUGUUGAUCGAAGUGGUGUUUCUUUACAAAAUACGAAAGAAGAAAGUAGUGAUGAAAGUACAAUAAUAAGUUCACAGACAUCAACUCUUACAAGAAAUCAAGGCUGCGAUGAAUUACAAACAGUUGUUUCUUUACGAUUAGAAGAACUUGCUAAUUGUUUAGGUAGUCCUGAAGAAGAAGAUGAAGAGAGAGACAGUGACAGUGGAAGCGAAGAUAGUGAUGGAGAAGGUAUACUGGUUGAAUUUAUGAUGGAUGAUAACGUACUGGAAGAUGUUCUUGAACAUGAAGAAGAGGAAGGACUGAUAGAUGAAUCUAAUCAAACUCAGGAUAAAGAAACUAAUACUGAGUGUAUUUUCAUCCCAGAACAAGGAAAACAAAGAAAAUUGUCAGCUGCUGGAAUUGUUCUUGGCGCGGUACAUGAUGACAAGAACUCUAUCGUUAUUAAACGAAGUCAAACGUUUUCUCCAAGUGCUGCUGUUAGUAGGAAUCAUUAUAUUUGUCGGUUGAAUCGCAGUGAUAGUGACAGUAGCAUGCCACUUUACCGUAGAGGAGGUCCUUUUCAACGUAAUUCUGUAGAAAGGCGAUCUCUUCGUUGGAGACGCCCAUCUUCUGCUUUAAGUUGUAAAACAGCUUCAAAGAAAACUACACAAUUACCUACCGCGAGAACAUCUCUCGAUCUUGAGCUUGAUCUUCAAGCUCAACAUGCUAAGCUCAAUAACCUUCACGACGAAUUAAAUAGGUUACGUGAAUUGAAACAAAGAUUAGAACAGGCACGUGAAAAGGGUGAUGCGGAUCUUGCUUCUUGGGUACUCGAGGAUCAGAAAUUUCAAGCACUCAUAGCACAAGCUGAAAUCACUAAAAAUGGUAAAAGUUUGGAAGAUAAAAAAGUCGAAAAAAUGUUGAAGAAAACUUCUAAAGAAAUAUAUAAACUCAGAAAAACCAAAGUAGGAAAAGGCAAGCCAGAUAUUAUUUCCUUCAAAGAAAAAAUGGCUUUCUUUACUCGUGUUAAUUUAAGCGUUCCGGUACUACCACCUGAUGAUUCAAACUCUGAAUUAUCUACAAUACAAUACAGAAGACAUACUUCAGACUUAACAAAUAGUGGUGACUUUUCAUCACAAUCUCAAAUUGGAGCUAACGAAAUUUUAAAAGAAAAUGCUGCUAUCAACACAGCAUUAAUUAAUGCACGAACAAAUAGUAGUAUAAUGAAGUCUAAUAAUAAAAUUUUAAUAUCUUCAUCAAAUGGUAUGUAUGAAGAAAAACCAGUUGAUACACAUCCCGCCGUGAAUUCGACAAAAGUAAUCGAAAAAUCCGAUAAGUUAAUAGAAGGAGCCGAAAGUGAUAAGACUUCAGAAAAUACAAAUACUAACUCGCAAAGGUACGAGUAUGUCGUUGAUCGAAUAUUAGGUGUUGAAGUUUGAAAAAGGAAAAAAGAUUUAAUCCGAUCAUUUUCAAAUAGUUAUAAUAAAUAAAAACGUAGAAAUAAUUAAUAUUAUUUUUUACAUUGUAAAUUUUAAAACAAAUAUUUUUUAGACACAAUUUUUUACAAUGUACGUAUAGAAUAUAACAAUUAUUUAUUAUAAAAUUUGCAUUUGUACAAUUUUCAAAAUGAUCAAAAACUUCAUGAUUGCGAUGAUCUUAAAUUUUAUAUAUUAAGUAUAAAAAAAUGUAAAUAUCAAUACAUAAAUUAUUUAAUUCCGUCAAUAAUGUCAGUAAAACUAUUUAAAUGUUAUGAAUGAUCCCAUUAGUUUUAUUAUUACAAUUUUUUUUUUUUUUUGGUAAUAAUUUUAAGAUAGAUGUAAAGGUAUCUUAUAAGCGUAUGAUCUACUGAUGAGCUGAUGUACGUACAUCAAAUUCUGAGUGCACUGGUUAACUCUAAUCUAUGCUUUGUUCAUGAUUUUUAAUUAAAUUGCGAAUUUAAUAUUUCAAUUGAGUUG